AAUUCGGAUAUUAUUACAAUUAUACAGUGUUGACAUACAUUGUUUAUCUGUAUUUAUCAUCUCUUAAAAAUCAACGUUUUCUUUCAUCGUUUUUAUUAGAGUAUGAAAUAAUGAUGUUGAAGAGAAUCUUAACGUUACCCACACCGAACAGUACAUUUUUCUUAACGCCGGGUACUUCGUCAACAUCUAAGGUUAUAUUGCGGGCAUUAUCACAAAAUACAGAAGUUGUGAAGAAAUGGGACCUACUGAGCGCUGUGUGUUUAGAACGUCACCCAAUAAUUACAAAACCAAUGCUAGAUAUACAAGUUAGAUAUCAGGAGCUAUUACGUCAAAUAGAAUUUGAAAAUAGUUUAUUGUCAGAGUUUGAGUUAAAAGUCGAGAAGGAAAAGGAGCAAAAACAAAAAGUAUCUAAGAAUGACGAUGUAAAUAUAGUCUAUCACCAAACUACGCAAGACUAUCUAGACUCUGUCGAAGAAGAACUACAGAAAUUUACAUUUGCACCAAGAGAAAGCGAAGACAACGGGGUUUCAUCAUUAGAACGUAAACUAGAUAAACAUUUAAUGUUAUUGACAGAACAAAAUAUAGGGAACACCAAUUUUUGGAUACCCCCCCAAUGUAUAAGGAAGGAUGAAGAAACAAUGAUAGAGACUGCGAAUAGAACUGUACAAGAAUUUUGUGGGAGUAAUGUGAAGGUAAAAUUUUAUGGGAAUGCACCAAUUGGCUUUUAUAAAUAUACAUAUCCCAAAGAGAUACGAGCCAAAGGACAAGAAGGAGCAAAAAUUUUUUAUUUUCUAGCAAAAUAUAUAAGCGGUGAUAUUCCUUCCAAUGUUAAACAUUGUUGGCUAGAUCGGGAAGAAUUGAAACAAACUGUCCAUCGUGAUGUUUACAAGAGUUUGUCCAAAUUCUUAAUACCAGAUUAAAUUAUUGUACAAUGCAUUGAAAAAUUUUAAAGAACAUUAUCAAUUUUAAUUACGACGAAUUGUGGUUUUGUAAUUUCCUUUACUCGCGUCAACGAAUCUAGCUGCAAUGUAACUACGAAAAAUACCAGAAGUAUCGGCUAUUUAUAAAGCUAGUUAAAGAAGGCAUUAAAAUUAUCUAAAACUUUGUAUCAAAACAAGUGUGCAAAACAGGUAAUGAACUUGCAUUUUAUAUGUACAUUUAGGAAAAUAUAUAUACAUAUUAUUAUAUUA